CAAAGCAAGUUAUAUUCCCCUUGAAAGGAAAGUGAAAGCAUAAUUUCAACUGUACAGAAGCCGUUGUUGUACUCGAGCAGCAAGUAGAUAUUUCUACCAAUAAAUAAUCAUGUAUUUAAUCUUAAAGAUACUUCAUUUUUUGUAUCUUUGUGCAGGUGUGCAGUGUGUCCAUCAGGUGUCAUGGCUGCCCUGUCAGUUCACUGAUGAACACGUGUUUAAGAAUGAACUUGGUCACACAGAGACUCAGCUCAUCCACAGAGAGGCCAUGCUGCAGUUUGGUCAAAAAGGAGACGCUGCUGUUAAUCCACAAGCAAUCACUUUCCUGAUUUCCGCCUCUAAGUUGGACCUGUGGCGGUACUUGGAGGGAGUGGAGGCAGAGCAGUUGGAGUGUGAGCUGCGUAGGUACAGCACAGCAGGCAUCCAUGUUCGCUGGCCAGUAAUGGGGGCCCGGGAGUACAACAACUGGUUCACCUGCAUCCUGAAACACAUCGACGGCCUGUUCACAGUCACAGGCUUCCUCAGACAUCCAUCGGACACAACAGCCCCGGAACAGCAGGACUACAACCACUGGCCUCCCAUCGGGGACAGAGAGAUGCUCGUCACAACAACUGCCAUGGUCAUUAAGACACUAACUCCAUCAGUGAGAGCAGGCCUGGGCUCCCAACAAAAGCUUCAUUGCCAGUUUGCUGUCGACCACCAUGGACCAAACGUCAGUGUGGAGUGGAUACUGCAGCAGCGUGGAGAGAGAACCAGCCUCUUCAGUCACAACAGCCGCACAGGACAGAGACAGGGGACCGGGGUCGAGCUGAGGGGCCUGGCAGGCGGGGACGCUUCCUAUAACCUUCCCUUCACCAAGAUGAGCAAUGAAGGGACGUACAUCUGUUCAGUGUCCGUUAUUCCACUGUUCAUCAGUGUGGAUAUUGUUCUGCAGGUCGAAGAGGCUCCCAGGGUCUCCCUCAACGUUGGAUCCACUCUGUUGCUGCAGGAGGGCGAGGAGCAGAAGGUGACAUGUGAGGCAGAGAGUUACUACCCUCUUGAUGUGGAGAUCGUGUGGUACAUGCAGGACCCGGUGGUGUCGGCACAGAGAGUGGGUGCUCCUCUCCCAGUGAAGCUCCAGAACGUUCUGCUGUCCAGCCACAAACACAACCCUGACAAGACGUUCUCGCUGACGUCCUUCUUCUACCUGGAGGCUGCACUCAAGCACUCGGGCAGGGAGUUCACGUGCAGCGUAUCCCAUAAGGCCCUGAGGGUGCCCAUCAAAAAGAACUUCAUCCUGACUGUGGAGGAGCCAAGCUGGAUGCUUUACAUUGUCAUCUCACUGCUGCUCACCCUGUGUGUGCUGCUGUGUUACCUGCACGUAGCAAGAAGACGAUCAGCACAGAACAGACUAUUCUGAGCAGAAGACUUUGAAGAGUGAGCUGAUGAACCAGUAAAGGCGAACCGUCCUCCUACCUCCUUCAGUUGUUUCAGAGUCUCAUCUGAUUGGUGUGUGUGUGUGAUUGUUUUAAGGUGAAUGAUUGUUUUGAUGUUGCAUUGAUUUUGCUCAUGCUAAAAGACCUUUAUAUUAAAUUAUCAAACUGGGGGAAAUGCAACAGUUUACAGGUUCAUGCAUAGAAGUAGUAGUAGUAGUUUAAUAGAGCAAAGCUUUUUAAUGAACGUGCAAGUUCUGAUCACAGGCAACACAGAAAGCAAAUACUCCCAUACUGAAGGACAGCAAACAUGGAUGUAAAUAAAACGUGACUUGAAGAAUGAAUUAUAUAAUGAAAAUCUGAGGAAGUUAACGCAUUCACACAUCUGUAAGAAUUAUUGAGGGACACUGCAUCUAACUAUAUUUGGGCACAUAGGAGUGCAGUGUUGUAUCUAUAUUUUUCAUUGUAUUUGAUUUAAUUUAAUAAAAGUAGUCUCAUGCGAGAAAGACUGAAUAUAGAAAACAGAAAAACGGUUAUCUCAGAAACUACAAGAAACACUAUCAAGUAACAUGUAUCCACUGUCUGAACAAGAUGCCUAUCAAAGAUACGCACACAGUGUAAGUACAAUAUUUCCUAUUGAAGACAUUUAAUAAACACGAUGGGACUUUGA